AACAAAACGAGUCCUGGAGAAAACCAAGCAACGCCAGGGCGCAGCAUAUCCGGAGAGGCUCUCCAUGAAUCCGUGGCUUCUCCUCUCCUGCUUGCUGCCCUUCCUGGGAGCCGGAGAGCUUUGGCAUCCCGGAUCCAGGCUGCCUUCCUUGCAUUCCAGGGGCAGCGAGGAGGGGACAGAAGAAACCGCCUUGCAGGAAAGCAUUAAGAGAAUCAGGCAUCUGAAUUCGUUAUCAUCUGGCGUCAACGCCACUGCUGUCUAUGGAAUAAAUAAAUUUUCCCACUUGUCUCCUGAAGAAUUUAGAGCUACUUACUUACAAAGUAGACUUUUUAAAGUUCCCAAGUAUGUGCCGGGAGCGAGCCUAGAGGGCACAGAAACACCCUUACCAGCGAAGUUUGAUUGGAGGGACAAGAAUGUCGUUACCGGCGUGAGGAAUCAAGAAGCGUGUGGCGGCUGUUGGGCUUUCAGUGUUGUCAGUGCAGUAGAGUCUGCGUAUGCAAUUAAAGGGAACGUUUUGGAGAACCUCAGCGUGCAGCAGGUUAUCGACUGUUCAUACGGGAAUAAAGGCUGUAGCGGUGGCUCUACGGUUACUGCACUGAGUUGGCUGAAUCAGACACGUGUGAAACUGGUGAAAGAUGCGGAGUAUUCUUUUAAAGCUGAAACAGGAAUGUGCCAUUACUUCAGCCGCUCUGAUUUCGGAGUCUCAAUCACAGGCUAUACCUCUUACGAUCUAAGUGGCCAUGAAGACGAAAUGAUGAAGAUGCUUGUUAAAUAUGGGCCUUUGCCAGUAAUUGUAGAUGCAAUCAGCUGGCAAGAUUAUCUUGGGGGCAUCAUCCAGUAUCACUGCUCCAGUGGAGAAGCAAAUCACGCUGUUAUAGUUACUGGUUAUGAUACGACAGGUAGCAUUCCUUACUGGAUUGUUCGAAAUUCCUGGGGCACUUCGUGGGGAAUAGACGGCUAUGUUCGCAUUAAGAUAGGGUCCAAUAUCUGUGGUAAGUUGAGGAAAAGGAACUGCAGUUGAUCCUUCACAUUUAGCCCUCC